AUGAUGAUCCCAAGGGGUUCAAAUAGAGGUGAAGGGGUGCUGACAUGGCAAAUCAACAACAUGGUGCUCACCGGCUUGGCUGCGCUGCUGGUGCUGCUGAUGCUAGUGGUGUUGGCCAGGUGGGAUGGGGGUGCAAAGGGUACCCAGAAGCAGGGGGUUCUACCCCCCGGGCCCAGGCCGCUCCCCCUGCUGGGGAACUUGCUGCAACUGGAGUCUGGACGCCUGGACCAAGUGCUCAUGGAGCUGUCUGGCCGCUGGGGUCCAGUGUUCACGGUGUGGCUGGGACCGCGCCCCGCGGUGGUGCUAUGCGGCUACACCGCGCUGCGGGACGCGCUGGUGCUGCAGGCAGAGGCCUUCUCGGGCCGCGGGGCCAUGGCGGUGUUCGAGCGCUUCACGCUCGGGAACGGCAUUGUGUUUUCUAACGGACCUCGCUGGCACACGCUGCGUAAUUUUGCUCUUGGUGCGCUGAAGGAGUUCGGGUUGGGGACAAAGACCAUUGAGGAGCGUGUACUGGAGGAGGCAACUUGUCUGCUUGGAGAAUUUCAAGCCACCCUGGGAGCCCCGUUUGACCCCCGCCGGCUACUGGACAAUGCCGUAUCUAAUGUUAUAUGUUCCGUGGUCUUUGGGAAUCGCUAUGGCUAUGAGGACCCAGAGUUCCUGAGACUUCUAGACCUCUUCCACGACAACUUCCGCAUUAUGAGCUCCAGAUGGGGUGAGAUGUACAACAUUUUCCCCUCCCUCCUGGACUGGGUCCCGGGCCCACACCACAGAAUCUUCCAAAACUUCAAGGAGCUUCGGGCCUUCAUCUCUGAGCAAAUCGGGCGGCAUCGACAGACUCGACAGCCUGGGGAGCCCCGAGACUUCAUCGACUGCUUCCUGGAUCAGAUGGAUAAGGAAGAGGGGGACGUGGAGAGCCACUUCCAGGAGGAGACGUUGGUGAUGACUACCCAUAACCUUUUCUUCGGUGGCACUGAGACCACCAGCACCACCCUGCGUUAUGGGCUCCUCAUUCUGCUCAAGUACCCGCAGGUGGCAGCUAAGGUGCAAGCGGAGCUGGAUGAGAUGGUGGGGCGAGCGCGCGCCCCCAGCCUGGAGGACCGGCGGCGGCUGCCCUACACCAAUGCCGUGCUGCACGAGAUCCAGCGCUUCAUCAGCGUGCUGCCCCUGGGUCUGCCGCGAGCCCUCACCCGCGACACCCACCUGCGGGGCCACUUCCUACCCAAGGGCACCUUUGUGAUCCCCCUUCUUGUGUCUGCUCACCGAGACCCCACUCAGUUCAAAGAUCCAGAGCACUUCAACCCCACCAACUUCCUGGACAACAAUGGCAUGUUCCAGAGCUGUGACGCCUUUAUGCCCUUUGCCCCAGGAAAGAGGAUGUGCCUGGGUGCUGGCCUGGCCUGGGCAGAGAUCUUCCUCUUCUUCACUGCCAUCCUGCAGCGGUUCUGCCUGUUCCCCGCUGGGAACCAGGAAAACAUCAACCUCACCCCACAGUGCACAGGCCUGGGCAAUGUCCCCCCAGCUUUCCAGCUCCGCCUAGUGGCUCGAUGAGGCCAGGCUCAGACAUCCUCUCCCG